UUGGGUUCACCUCACCUCACCUGGGAUCACUGCCCUUUCGGUGUCCUCUAGAGUCACCUCAACUAAUCAACUAACUCCUUAUUAUUUUUCUUUCAUUUUCCUUCCAUUAAUGUUUUGUCCUCUGAUCUGACAACAAACAUCAUUCAAUUCGCAGAUUAAAGAAUGGGGGUUUUGCAGCUGAAUUUCCAUCGUCAAUUUGUUUUGCCACAAAACCUAUUUCUCUCGCAGCAUUGCAGAUUUAGAUUGAGUGGCGCCCAUGGGCUUGGAAAAUCCAUUAUUGAGUCACAAAGAAAGGCAAAGAGGAGAAGGGAUUUAACCAUAUCUGCAUCAUCAUCAUCAUCAUCAUCAUCUGUGUCUGUGUGGGAUGGAUGGUUGCCUGAAAAGGCGGCGGCUUCAAAGGCCCCUUCUCUCAGCGACAUCUUCUGGCCUUCUGCAGGGGCGUUCGCAGCAAUGGCAAUACUGGGAAAGAUAGACCAAAUGUUGGCUCCAAAAGGGGUUUCUAUCACCAUUGCCCCAUUGGGAGCUGUUUGUGCUGUUCUCUUUGCAACUCCCUCCUCUCCUGGCGCUAGGAAGUUCAAUAUGUUUCUGGCGCAAAUAGGUUGCGCUGCAUUUGGGGUAUUGGCUUUCACCAUUUUUGGGCCAGGAUGGCUGGCUAGGAGCUCUGCUCUUGCUGCUUCCAUUGCCUUUAUGAUUUACACUCGCGCUGUUCAUCCUCCCGCUGCGAGCUUGCCUAUAUUGUUCAUAGAUGCAGCUAAGCUACAUCAGCUUAACUAUUGGUAUGCUUUGUUUCCUGGUGCCACUGGAUGCAUUCUUCUUUGUGUUAUUCAAGAGAUGGUGUGUUACUUGAAAGAGAACUUCAAGUUCUGAGGUCAAUAAACAAGCUAAGUUAUGAGGAUUCUCACUACCAAACCAAUCAUUGCAUGCCAAAUUUUUUUGGUAAAUAGUAGAAUGGUUUCUUCAUUGGUGAAUAUAGUAAUAAUAUCUUGGAGGAUAUUAUGUGCCCUUAAUUAGAUUAUUUAGGUUAUAAAUAAUUUAUUUAGUUUUUUUUUUGUUCCUACAUGUUCAACAAAAAUAAUGAAACAUGUAUAAUUGUAUAUUAUGUAUGCUGGUGUUUAGAUCAAUGGUCCAAUACAACCAUUCAAAUAUAUAUAGAGAUUGUUAA